AUGUUGAAUUCAAUAUCUAAUGAUCUUGGAAAUUCAAAAAACAAUGAAGUAAAUGAUAUCUACAAGUUUCCACGAAAUAUCAAACAAACAUCAAUGUCUAAUUCUGUUUCCAGAUCUCUUUCAAAUAUAACUUCAGACAUGUUAACUUCUUUGAAUUUAAAUAGUACCAUAAAUGACGCAUUUGAUGACUCCCAAAAAUUAUUAAGAACACUUGGGAUAAUAAUACAGGAAGAAACUAUGAUCAUAGAUGAUUUAGUACUCAAUAUUUCAAUUGAAAAACUCUAUAAGACAAUGGAUAAGACCAUUAAUGAUGAUUAUGUAAGCUCAGAUGUAAACUUCAUAACUUCUGAUGGAGAUCCAGAUAAGGAUGAUCUAGGUGAAAACAUGCAUGACUCUGUAAAUUACCACGAUAAUAAUAAAACUGAUUUAAACCCAGAUAAAAUUGAUAAUGGAUUGGACUUAUGUAGCUUGUAA